UAAAGUUUUACGAGUUAACUUUACGACUGAGAAAAUAUUACCUCACAUGAAUAAAAUAUGUAAGUUUUGUAUAAACGAAAUGAUAACGAACGUAUCGUGAGAAUUUUAAAAUGGAAAAAACAAUUUUGUUUACUCUUUUCGUGCCAAUUCUUACUCUGGACCCUAAAAGCGUCAAUUUAAAUUUAGAGACAUCAGUAUUGCUUGAACCUAAUGACGCUAAAGGUAACACAUCCAUUCUACACAACGUGAGAAAAUUUCUAGACGAUUUACAAAAUAUAUUAAACCCUACACUUGAAUACAGAGCUCAAAACGACGGCUCAAAAUUCUCCGACAUUUUAGAUGAAAUAGCAAAUAUUUUAUUGAAUUGUAGCGACGAGGAUAUCAUCCAUCUAUCUAAAGAGUUGUACAGAAAAGUUAAAGGUCUGAAAAUUAAUGACAACGAUGGAUUCAUAGUAAGAAAUAUAAAGCAAAAUGUCAAAAAUACGUUAAGAAGGUGGGCUGAAAAUGAUCCGAGCGAAGUUAAAAAUUGUGUUAGACGUUACCUCCAAAACGAAAAAGGAUAUUUCAUGGAUUAUUUAAUUAAUAAACUAAAUUACUUUUUUACUAAAGACGAUAUUCAAAAUAUAAAAAACAAACUAAACGGAGUCUCUAAAAGCAAUAAUUAUAAAGAAUUGAAUGAUAUCGUUGGGAACAUUGUAAAUGAUCUAUUUAAUUAUAAAACUAAAGAGUCCAAUUUGGUUGAUAAAGAUGUUAUUGUAGCAGGAAGAUUGAAAGAAAUGUCUUCAGAAAAUUCUGGAAAGAAUAAACUAAAAGGUAGUAAAGGUAGUAAAUCAGAUUUCAAAGAAGCUAGUAAGGAGAUAAUAUUAAAUAAGAAUAUAGAAGUGUUCGUAAGAGCUGGUGAUUAGAAAAAUAUUAUAUUUCUUUUUC